AUGGGAGAUGGAGGAGCCCUCCAUACGGAGGGGAACGCCCUCCUCAAAGCCGUCUUCCAGGGCAAGCUGCGACUGACCCGGCUCCUCCUGGAAGGGGGUGCCUACAUCAACGAAGGCAACGAGCGGGGCGAGACCCCCAUCUCUGCUGCCUGCCUGGCUGGCUACGAGGACCCCCAGAGCCGCCAGAGGAUGGUGCGCUACCUCCUGGAGAAAGGAGCCGAUCCCAACAUCCCAGACAAGUCUGGGCGGACCGCCCUGAUGCAUGCCUGUGUCGAGCAGGCGGGCAAAGAGGUGGUGUCCUUGCUCCUAGAGAAUGGAGCUGACCCCAGCCUCAAGGACUACACAGGCUCCUCCGCCCUGGUCCAUGCCAUCAACAGAGGUGACAGAGACACCCUCCAGGUCCUGCUGGACGCCUGCAAGGCCAAGGGCAAGGAGGUAAUCAUCAUCACCACCGACACGUCACCCUCGGGCACCAAGAAGACCAAGCAGUAUCUCAAUCCCCCAUCACCAGGGGUGGUGGACAAGCUCUCGCCCGUGGCCUGCAUGUCGCCCUCAGAGGUAGCGAUCCAGACCUCCAAUUCCCCAGCAGCAGAGAAGGUUGAGGAGGAGGACAGUAUCUUCAGCUUUGCGCUGAGAUCAGCCUUACCCCUACCCUCCACUAGAACCCUAGGGGAGAAAAGGCCGCCUCCCCGCAAACUCCUGAAGAGGCUCAACUCUGAGCCUUGGGGGCUGGUAGCACCCUCAGUGCUCAGCAGGGUCCCACAGGAGAGGGUUGAUGGUGGACUGGAGGAGGAAGGUGGAGGUAGGAUAAUCACUGAGAUGAAUGGUCUGUCAAUCUCGGGUCCUGGCAGGCCUCUCCUGUCUCGUCGGCACAGCAUCGAAACACAUGACCCCUGCUCGCCCAAACUCAUUGACCGAUCCUGCUCAGAGGACUGCGCAGCCCUUUGUAGCUCCUCCUGGGCCGACAAGGUCCAACAGCACCAGAUCCUGUACCGCAGGAACACCGCGCCGGAGUCUCAGGAAAAUACAGGGGGGGUGGCUUCACGCACCCUGACUCACCCCAAACUUACACGUAUGGAGCACUAUGAGUCAGACACACACCUGUGUCCUGAGUCCAUCCCUGGAUCUCCAGACUCGGGGCGCGUGUCUGUGGAGCGGAGGAAGUACAACGCCUCGCCCCUCUCUCUUCUCACCACCUCCUCCCGGGAGUCCCUUGAGAGCAUCCCCAAUUCUGUCUCCCCCAUCACCAUGCGCAGACGGCCCCCAGGCCUCCUGGAGCGCAGAGGCUCAGGCACCCUCCUCUUGGACCACAUCUCCCACACCCGCCCCGGGUUCUUGCCCCCACUCAAUGUCAACCCCCACCGGCCCAUCCCAGACAUCCGGGCCAAUGGCAAGCCCACUUCCCCUGUCCACUCUGGUCCCAAGAUCCUGGUUCCAGUUGCCCCUGCCUCACCCAAGAGAGGCCCAGACUUCAAGAUGAAGAAGAAACUGAUGAGGAGGCACUCCAUGCAGACGGAACAGAUGAAGCAGCUCUCCACCUUCCAGGAGAUCCUGACAGAGAAGGUCAUUGAGUCCAACGGGGACUGAGACUUAAAAGGACAUGUGAGGGUACAGUGGUGGAUCAGUUAGUCCAUCAUUAUCCUCAAUCAGUGCUUAAACCAGGACUACUAACGUGAAUUUGGCUCAUUCAGAGUGAGACCUCAGUCCCAUCCUUGUUCUGUGUAGAGUGCAGAUGGUUAUUUUUAUUUUUAGGUGACCUAUUUUAAAUUAGUUGUGUUUCCUUUCCGUGCUGUCACAGAAAGCUGGUUGAUUGAGUAAUACGGUAUACAGCAGAUGUUCUUUUCAUUUCUCCUCAAAUUAUUUAUUAAUAUACCAUUUGCAGUCAACAGAAAUAGAAAUGUAUUUCUGUGUUUUUAGAUGUUUACACACUGCAAAAUGUGCGCCAAUGUCAUGCCUGUUGUUCCGUGUGCUGAAUACAUUUUCUUCCCUUCUGAAUUCAGUCACCCUAUCUAUCUAUGACACUUUAAGUCGAAAGAAAAAAAUCAACAGUAGAGAUGCUAGCAACAGCUUACCUUGUCAUUCUGAAUGCCCUGUCUUCCCGAUUUUCAAUUCUUGCGUUAGCUGCUUUAAAACGUCAAACUUCAAGCCUAAAAUGCUCUCAUGUUGAUGGGUUUGUUUGGGGGAGAAUGAUGCUGCAUUCCAUGAAAUAGUUUUCAAGACAUAUUGCCUGAAGAUUUCACUGUCAUUGUAUUGUUGCUGUUAUCUACUUUCACUGUAUUUAUUUGCCUUUACUUUUUAAUCACUUGAGAUUUUGUGUUUUAGAGAGCAAUUUAGCUAUAUGGUCGAACCACACGCCUGACUUACCCUGACGACUACAGUGGGAUCAACAUGUGGGACCCUUUAUGAGUAUCACACUGUAAUAAUGUUACCCUGACGACUACAGUGGGAUCAACA